CUUGGCAUCGUAUUCGUAUAGCUCCCUUCGCAUAUUUCGCAACCCAUUUUUCGCCCAGGCAGCGAUAAAUAGAACAACACCGUCGGCAUUAGAGGCAUUGAUGUAUGUGGCUGGCCGCUCCUCGGUUUAAUAAAGUGGUUGAGUAUUCCCUGGCCGCGUCCUGCAUUUACUCUCUCCAGACCUUCAUCCUUCGCUUCCUCUUACACCUCUUCGGACACACACGCUCGCUACUUGCACGGCAGGGCUGCCAUCAUAUACUUCGAAGGAUAGCGAGCAGAGGAUCCCAGUCCUCACAGACACUCGAUCAUGGCGAUCAUGCACACACAACCCAAGCCCUGCUCGCCCAUUGUCCGGUAUUUUGCGAACUGGUACCAGAACACAUCUCAAGACCUCGGCUUCCGGCUAGGAAUUCGCUUGCUUCAAUUCAUUCUGGCCCUCACCAUUAUGGUCCUCUAUAGUCGGGACUUGAAACAGUUCACCGCUGCCAACACAAGGGCUCCAGCUUCCUGGAUUUAUGCCGAAGUCGUUGCGGCUCUUUCCAUCAUUGUUUGUCUCUGGUGCGCUUUCGUGAAUGUUAAACACCGAAUCUUGAGAUUGAUGCUGGACUUUGCGAUUGCGAUCUUGUGGGCCGCUCAGGCUGGAUACUUUGGGAUGUUGUACUGGCAGGACGAUGGAAACGGCAAUAUCGAAAGACCCGCGUUGGCCAGUGAAAAGAGAAUGAAGGCUGCUAUCCCUAUCGGGCUUACUUGUGUGGGGUUGUGGAUGUUAAGUUUCUUUCAAAGCGUGGUCUGGAGAUGCCAGGCUCUCAAGCAAAGACUGAGAAAUCGGAGGGCGAGAAAGGAAGCGAAGCGACAAAGAGAGGCUGGGUUCGGAGAAAUGGCCGACCGAGGCAGUAUUGAGCCUGUUCUGCAGAGUGCUGCACCCGAGAUCCACGAUCUGGAGAGCGCUCCUAAGAAGGGAGAGUCAGAGCAAGUUGCUAAAGCUGAAGAGCCGUGGGUUGACGAAAAGCGUAAGCAGAAUGACUGGAUCGCUCAGCUGGACAGUAACGGCCGGGAAGAAACGCAGGAUCCUCCGCCCGCGUACAUCAAAUAGAGAGAUUGCUGGCUGGCGUGGAUGACUUUCUCUUAUAUAUCACGAUGGGCCUCAGAGCAAGCGGUGGAUGUGCCCAUGUAGUCGUAAAUUGCAUUUGUUUGUAUCAAUCAUCGCUCAAGGUCAUCGCGAACGGCAGCCGAGAUCCGCAUAAUCG